AUGUCUGGGGGCUCAGAGAGUGAUGACUCUGUAACAGCUAAUGGGAGGGUUUACAUUCCUGAAGUAAGAAAUGAGGAAACACCAGCAGUUGGGAUGAAGUUCGACUCGCUUGACCUCGUUUAUAAUUUCUAUAAUAGAUAUGCAUUCUUGGCUGGCUUUGGUAUUCGACUUCAUUCCAGCUUUUGGCGGAAAAAUAAGAAAGAGAUUCUGAGAAAAGAAUUUGUAUGUUGCAAACAAGGUGCAUACCGGAAGGAUGAAACUCGGGAGAGAAAAAGACAGCGGGGAAUAAGUAGAUGUAAUUGCAAAGCUAAGAUUGUGGUUAUGAAGACACAUGGGAGCAAGAAGUAUACCAUCUCUCUUUUUGCAGAGGGACACAAUCAUAAGGUGACACCCUCAGGAAGAAUGCAUUUACUGAGAUCACACCGUCGUAUCUCAGAUUCUACAAAAGUACUCACAAAACAGUUGGGUUCGGUUAAUAUUCCCAUUAAUCAGAAGGUAAGUAUUUUCGAGGUGCAAUCCGGAGGAAUGGAUAAAAUCGGUUUUAUCAAAAAGGAUAUGUACAAUCUUGAAUGUAGUGUGAAUGGGAAGCUGAGGAACCACGAUGUUGAACUAGUGACCGAGUAUUUUAUGGCUGAACAGAAAAAAAAUGAGGCUUUUUAUUUCAAGAUUGAGGGAGAUGGCGAUAACAGGUUUAGUCGAUGUUUUUGGGCAGAUGCAACUUCUAGACGGGCGUACGGGUUUUAUGGAGAUGUUGUUGUAUUCGAUACCACAUUCAACACGAAUAGAUACGACUUGACAUUUGCACCAAUGUUGGGAGUUAAUAACCAUGGUCAAACAAUUGUCCUAGCAUGCGCAUUUUUGAGCAAGGAAACGACUGAGUCGUUUAUUUGGAUGUUUGAGGAGUUUAAGAAAGCCAUGCCAGGUGGCGAACCUAAAACGAUCAUCACAGAUCAAGAUGCGGCAAUGAGCAGAGCGAUUUCAAUAGCCUUCCCGACUACAUUUCAUCGACUUUGCAUAUGGCACAUCACAUCAAAGUUCUCUGUUAAGUUACCACAUUCUGCUUAUAAGGAGUAUUGGGGUGAAUUCCAGAAAGCCAUAUGGGAUACUGACAAUAAGGAUGAGUUUGAUGCAAAAUGGAAUAUUGUGGUUACAAAGGCUGGUUUGACUGACCAUCCAUGGCUAAGUUCAAUGCAAUCUAUCAACAGAGAUGAGAACCUGCUUGCUGCUGCUCUGUGUUUCUGGAAUUCUGCCAGUAACACCUUCGACUUUCGUAUAGGCCCCAUGGCUCCAACUCUGCUGGAUAUGGCUCAGAUUUUUGGUUUUAGGCCUCAUAGAAGACCUGUUGAUGUUGUCGGUGAUUACCACUGGAAGAAAAACCAGCAGAAGCUAGCCAAGCCAUUCAACAUUUCUCCAGCCCUGAUCAACCAGAAUUGCUCCUUCUCCAAUUAUCUCCGAAAAUUCAGUGCUGAGAAGGACAAGGACUAG